AAUCCUGGAUUCGCCACUGGCGAGCUUCCCCAAUUCUUCAACUUUUAAUUUCAGUGGUCACAAAAACUAUCCCAAGAAUGAGGUCGAACCACGCCGCCAUGUUUCUCGGUAGAAUUUUCUCGAAUUCUUCAUCUAAAUUCUCCACUUUUGCCAUCGCCUCUCCACAUUAUCAAUCAUUUCUUCUACCCAUUUUUCAUUUUGAUAAUGCCAGUUGCCAAAUGAGGAGACACUUCUCCGCCUAUCAUAGAUUCGAUUUUGAAUCUAUACGUGAGCCCAAUGAUGCCGUCGCUCUAUUUCGGGAUAUGAUGAGAACAAAGCCGCUUCCUUCUAUUACUGUUUUCACGAAAUUGCUGAGUACUGUGGUGAAGCUGAAACAAUACUCUGCUGCACUUCAUCUGUUUGACGAAAUGCUUCAAAGGGAUGCUCCCGUAAAUCACUACACGUUGAGUAUUGCGAUAGAUGGCUGUGGCCGAUUGAAGAGACCCGAUUUUGGGUUUGCAAUCUUAGGCAUUUUUUUCAAGCGUGGGUUUGAGCCUACUGUGGUAACCUUCAACAUUCUCGUGAAGGGCCUUCUGUUUGUUGAAAGGAUCCCAAAGGCAGCUAAAUUGUUGGGGAAGCUGUCGGCCUACCAACUCUGCGAGCCCGAUGAGUAUAUGUAUCGUACUAUAAUUCAUGGGUUAUGCAAAGCUGGAGAUCUUCUACAGGUGAUUGAUUUGCUCUGCUCAUUGGAAAAAGGAAAAGGGAGCUGCAAACCCAAUGUCUAUGCUUACAACAUAGUCAUUGAUGGUCUAUGCAAGGACGGAAAGGUGAAUGAUGCUCUCCAACUCUUCGCCACUUUGGAUGACAUAUAA